AUGCCGAAGGAGGAGGAGGAUGACGACGUGUCGUCGGUCGACAUCGACGGGUCCGAGGACGAGGAGACCAAGGAGGAGGACGAGGAGGCCAUGAAUGACCUCAGCAACGCCGACAUCGUGACCAAGUACCGGUGUGCCGGCGACAUCGCGAACAGCGUGCUGACAGCCAUCAUCGAGGCGAUCAAGCCGGGGGUGAAGGCGGUGGAACUGUGCAAGCGGGGCGACGAUCUGGUGGAGGAGGCCACCUCCAAGGUGUACAACGUGAAGAAGGGCGGCAAGAAGGUUGAGAAGGGCUCUGCGUUCCCCACGUGCAUUUCCGUCAACCACUGCUGCGGCCACUACUCGCCGCUCACCUCGGAGGACGACGUGACGCUGGUCGAGGGCGACGUGGUCAAGAUCGACCUGGGUGUGCAUGUCGACGGCUACAUCGGCGUCGUCGCCCACACGCACGUCUGCACCGCCGACGCCGCAGCGCCGCCCGUGACGGGCAAAAAGGCAGACGCGAUGAUGGCGGCGUGGACGGCGUCGGAGCUGGCGCACAGGAUGUUCAAGGAGGGGUGCAAGAACACCGAG